AAAGCCGAGAUCGCCCUUUCCAGCAUCUCCCGGCCACAGCGUCAGACGCGGAGAUAUUUACAGUCAUCUUAUUUACACAGUUCCGAUGAAGCAGUACCACACCCUCCUUUGCGUCUUAUGGUCUGUCUUGGCACUCGCGCAGGGGGCUUGCCCAGCGCGGGAGGCUAUCUCACCCUGUGGGUGCAGAGGGACUAAAAAUGGAAUAUUGUUGGAGUGCCGUGGACCCGAAGAAACUGAUCGAAUUGUCUCUGUACUCAAAAACUUGGCAGGUAGAACAGGCUAUGAAGUCCAAAUAGAAUCUCUCACCACCGAAAAUCUUCCAGAAACUGUCCAAAAGGCUUCAGCAAUCCGCUUAAGACAGUGCAGUCUUGGACGUCUGAUCGAAUCUCAAUCUCCUGCGUGGCCGAGGUUGACUGAAGUGGUCUUCGAAUCCAUGUCCAUACGGGACAACCCAUGGUCCCAACUGAAAAGGGCAUCCUCACUGCGCUACCUCAAAGUCGAAGCAUUCCCCAUGCCAGUGAUCGGUUCAGAUUUUCAAGAUGUCCCCAGCAGUGUGGCUUACCUGGAGCUGAAGCAGACGGAUACCGCAGUAUUAGAGCCUGGAAGUAUGGCACAUCUGAAUGGUUUGGUGUACUUGCACAUGGUGGACUUGCCUCUGAAAAAGUUUCUCAGGACCGCUCUGCCAGAGAAAAUGCGGCAAUUGCAUACGUUUAUUCUAGGGAAUACUAACAUUGAAUCUCUGGAAGCAACCUUUUUUGAAGGCAUGCCGAAAUUGGAAGUUCUUAUGCUAAAUGGCAAUAAGUUCGCUACAAUGGAUAACCGACUCUUUACACCGAUAACACACCUAACGCAUUUAUUGAUCGAAAGUAAUCCUUUAGUUUGUCAAUGUGCACUAGCCAAAUGGAUUAAAAACUUGAAUUUGAAGAACUCAGUUAGAAUUUUGGCAACUUGUUACGACAACAUCACUCAAGAAUCGAAAGAAGUUAUCAAUCUUAGUGAAAAUGAAUACUGUUUGUAAAAAUCUAGUGUUCACUUCUGAAAGUGAAAAAAACACAUCAAUACCUCAACUGACAGUGAAAUAGGAAAAGUUUACAUAAAAAAUAAGUAUUUAAAUAAUUAAGUAUAUCUGAAAUUGGUUUACAUCUUCCGCUAAAUGAAAAUACUGUUUUGAAAUGCAGUUUUAUUUAUGAACGUAUUAAAACUUUCUGUGUAUUGUAAAUAAAUAAUAAAUUGAAAACA